ACAUCGUUUUCUUCACCAACUCUUUCUAGUAAGUCUAAAAAAGUUAUCAAGAAGAAACAUAAUCUUUCUACGACGAUGGGAAAAUUUUCAUCCAAGUCUGCUUUCAUCAUCCUUUUAGCUUUUACUGUGAUGGUAUCCGUGACAGUUCAGAUUGCUGAGGCGAAACGUCUCUUAUCUGAAAAAACUUCUCUGAAUCUUAAAGCUUCAAUAUUGGUUAAACAAAAUGGAGUUGGUUUUUGUACGCCAGAAUGCAAAGAGUUAUGUUUUGCUACAAGUUGUUAUUGCGUUUGUCCUAAUCUUCAAUCUCUAACCACUAGUGAAGCAUCUGUGCAUCAUGAAGCUCCACUAUCGAUUAAGCAAAAUGAGCUUAGUUUUUGUACGCCAAAAUGCAAAGAAUUAUGUUUUGGUACAGGCUGUUAUUGCGUUUGUCCUAACGCCUCCAACUAAAUUGUAAAAGUACUAGUGUUUAAUAUGGUUUCCUACUUAAGUGAGAAUUGUGUGAAUCAAACUAAGACAAAUAAAUUCUUUCGAAGUACUGCCACCGUAUGUGGCGCUCACUCUCAAUCCCAU